AUGGCGGUAGAAGGUCCUCUCGCAAACAAGAUUGCAAUAAUCACUGGUUCGGGGAAAGAGAAUGGAAUCGGGGCUGCCAUCGCGCUCACGCUAGCUCGUGCCGGAGCCCGAGUCACAAUUAACCAUGUGUCCGACGCAUCUGCAGCAAGGGCUGUGGAGGUUGUCUCUACUAUCGAGGCUGCUGCUGGUAAAGGAAGCGUUAUUUGCAUACAGGCGGACGUUUCUACUCCAGAAGGAACCAAAAAGAUUGUCGAGGGCACCUUAAGCGGAUUCAAGGUCGAUCAUAUUGACAUUAUUGUAAACAAUGCUGCCAUAGCAACAUACACGCCGACUCUUCAAACCCCAGGGGAAGACAUUCUCAAGGUGUUUGGGGUAGUAGUGGUCGGACCGGUCCUCCUUCUGCAAGCUGCAUACCCACAUAUACCCCAAGGGGGCCGUGUUAUCAACAUCGGAACUGUCGCUUCGAAAAUGGGCUUUUACAAAUUGCCAAUUUAUGGCGCUGCUAAAGCAGCCAUGGAUCAGCUAACCUUUGCUCUAUCGCGAGAAAUUGGUCGUGACGGCAAAGGCAUCACCAUUAACACUAUAGCACCAGGGCCAGUGGAUACAGAUUCGGUACCGGCCGGUGACCCCAACUCACAAGCUAUGAAGCAGUGGCUUAUUUCUCUCACAAGAGCUGAAGAGAGAGUUGGAACGGUGAAUGACAUCGCCGAUGCGGUUCUACUUCUAGCAGACGAGAAGAGUCGUUGGAUUACAGGCCAGUACAUUUCCGCUAGCGGCGGAAUUGUGUAA